AUGAGCGAACAGUAUACUGUGGGCAUCAUUUGCGCCCUCGCGCUUGAAGCGACAGCCGUCGUCGCAAUGCUAGACGACGUAUACACUGACAUGAUUGAUCAAGAUCAACAUGACCAUAAUUCUUAUCGGUAUGGUCGCCUUAACCAUCACAAAGUUGCCAUCGCAAGUCUCGGUUCCGGGGUAUACGGUACCAACUCCGCGGCCGUAGUGGCGACAGAUAUGAAGCGAACGUUCAAGAAUUUGAGAUUCGGGCUAAUGGUUGGCAUUGGAGGGGCUGCCCCUGUGCCUAGCUUAGAAGAACACGAUAUUCGUCUCGGUGACGUGGUCAUUGGCAAACCCGCAGGGACCUAUGGGGGUGUUGUACAGUUCGACUACGGCAAAACCACUCAAGAAGAUGGAAUUGUCCUAAAAGGCAGUCUGCCCUCCCCUCCAUACGCUUUACUCACAGCCCUAAGCAGGCUAGAAACCGAUCAGGAGCUUGGAGAGUGUGCACUCACAGACUCUCUGUCUGCUAUGUUUGAGAAGCGACCUGGUAUGGAAAAGCGAUAUGGAUAUCCCGGCGCCGAAAACGAUGUAUUGUACGACGCAGAAUACGUGCAUCCCAAGCCCGAAACCACGUGCGCAUCAUGUGAAGUUUCUAAACGGGUCUCGCGAGGAACACGGGGCUCUUCUGAGCCGUGGGUAUUCUGCGGUACUAUUGGUUCAAGCAAUACGGUGAUGAAGGAUGCUAUCACGAGGGAUCGGCUUCGAGAAGGUCUCGGCGUCUUGUGCUUUGAAAUGGAAGCGGCAGGCCUGUUCGAUUUCCCUUCCAUUGUCAUACGAGGUGUGAGUGACUAUUCAGACUCGCAUAAGAAUGAUCGAUGGCAGAGAUAUGCUGCAGCUACCGCGGCGGCAUGUGCCAAAACACUGCUUGGGUAUAUUACCCCGGCAACUGUGUACAAACAGCAGACAAUCACUGAAUUAAUCGAAAUCGAGAGUAAGAAGAUCAGGGACAUAAUGAAAGCCGAUCGCGAAAAUGAGCUGAGAACAAAGUGCCAUCAGUUUUUCGAUGUUCUUCCCUAUCAAACAUACAAAAACGUUAAUCCGGACAGAGAAGUAGAGACCUGCCAUUGGGUAUUUAAACAUCCCCAAUACCAUGAUUGGAUCUCCUCAUCGCAAGACAACUUGCUAUGGAUUUCUGCAGAUCCAGGAUGUGGCAAAUCUGUGCUAGCUAAAGCGCUUGUGGACGAAGUGGUCCCAAGAGAUUUCACAAUUUGCUAUUUUUUCUUCAAAGACAACGAGCACCAAGAGAAUAUCUCGAUGUCACUCUGUUGCCUCCUACACCAACUUUUCAGCCAGGUCCCGCAACUCUUAUCUCAUGCUUUACCUAUCUGGCAGGAGAGGAAAGAAACACUCAAAAAAGACUCAGAUGAACUUUGGUCACUUUUUAUCAAAGCGGCAACCGACUUGGGUGCUGGCAAUGUUGUGGUUGUCUUUGACGCCCUGGACGAAUGCUCAGAAAAGAGUAGACAGCAGCUUAUGGAGCGUCUCAAAGCCUUCUAUUCGAAGGCUUUACAAGAUACCGCGCGGAAGGCUCAUUUGAAGUUCAUUGUGACGAGUCGGCCGUACUUUAGUAUCGAAAGCGAAUUCAAAACAGCGAUUCGCGUGCCAGCGAUUCAUCUCGCAGGAGAAGCGGAAAGCACCCAGGUAAAGGCCGAAAUUGAUAUUGUGAUCAAAUCAAAGAUGCGGACCCUGAUGGAGAAACUGGGACUGAACGAGGAGAUCAGAGGAAGCAUUGAAACAAAGGUUCUAUCUAUGGAGAACCGAACAUACCUUUGGAUUAACCUGUUCAUGGAUGAUUUGGAAUACCGAGUCAAGCGAGGUGAGAAGCUGAGGGCUCGAAAUCUCGAGCAACUGCCUUUGACCGUCGAGGCAGCCUAUGAGAAGCUACUUGAUCGGCAUACGGAUAACUUCCGUAGCCGCCGUGACGCUCUGCUCCUACUCCACCUGAUCGUUGGGGCAAAAAAGCCCAUCACUGUGAAGGAGAUGGACGUGGCCUUCAAUCUGGCUCUGGAAAGCUCAGAAGGAUCUUUAGUGUAUGAACUUGAUCGUGAAUUUCUCGAUGGAGAUCGACUCGUAACGAGGAUUCGAGCCCUCUGCGGCCUUUUUGUGACCAUCGUCGACUCUCGAAUCUAUCUGAUUCACCAGACAGCCAAAGACUUUCUGCUGAACAGAAAUUCCCACAUAGAGAAUUUUUCCAACGUUCUUACGGAAGGGCAAGAUACCGUUGAAAGAGCGAAUGCAAAAUGCUGGAAAGCAUCCAUUCACUCUCCACUAUACAAUUCUCUGUGGGCACACAUUACACUAUCAUGUUUGUUGAUUCUUGACUUUGAAUCCAACGUUCUCAUUACGGUCCAUGGCGACCGCGGCCAAGUUCAAAUGUUGUUCCGAUACUCUGCAAUGCACUGGGGAGACUAUUUUCUCAGUUCGUCGAGCUCAAAGCAACGCUCACUCCAGUCCCAUGCGCUUCGCUUGUACGAAGCGGCUCAAAGCGGCUCAAGCAUGUGGUUUGAUGCUUACCAUCGACCUCAUCUGAAGUGGCUCAAAUUAGAGAGCCGACCGACCUCGCUGACUAUCGCUUGUCUUCUGGGUCAUUCGCAUUGCGUGGAACUGAUGCUUCCUGAACAAGAGCGUCCUGCAUCAACCAGUCUUGAGUGGUGUCUUGGCUCAGACCAACUGGACCCUAUCAUAUCAUCCAUACGAGCGGGUCAUCUUGAAGUAGUCAAGCUUCUUCUAGAUCACGGAAAGAUUCGAGCUGGAAGUGAACUUUGCGCAUUCGCUAUUUUGGUAUCAUCUGUUCAUGGCCAUAACCCCAUACUCAAAGCACUCCUGGAUCUCGGAGAGCACACUGAACACAAGAAUGAACAACAAGACCCAUCCUAUACCGAGAUCCUUCAAUUCACUCUCAUCGCCGUUUCCAUGCUUGGGUCCGUGGAAGCUAUGAAACUUCUCGCUGCAGACAACACCAUCUUCGAUCCUGUAUUUGAGCAAGUCAUCGACGCAGCUGUAGUCCACAAUAGACAGGAACUCUUCUGGGUGGCAAUGGAUAAAGAGUGUAAUCCUCCAAGGUCCGAAAGAGAGAAGCAACACAUUCUCAAUUAUGCAUUGCGGAUAGCAUUAGAUCGCGGCGACACCAGUUUUGGAAGACAAAUCCUGAAGAAAGGUGCAUCUCCCAAUGGGAUCUCUUCUCGAACAUUCCAUCAAGACAGCCUGGCACGGAAAGUCUCCGAGAGAUUGUUCCAUUCCAAGGGCCAGGAACUCCUCUCCACAAUACACGGGUGCAUAUUUGCCGAGGCCUUGAGAAUUGCCAGAGCACUCACGAUUCCAAAUAUUUUCCAAAAUAUCGUACGUGCCAGAGUUCCUCCGCUGAUUAACGCGGUGCUGAGGGGAAACAUAGAGAGUGCCUCUCUCCUCGUUGAGCAUGGUGCCAACAUCAACGCAAUUUCGAAAGUUAAGCUACCAGCCGUGAACAACACGACCGCGUUAGGGAUUGCGCUUGAUAAGAACCAUCGUGAAAUUGCUAUGUUGCUGAUAAAGAGAGGAGCACGUGUUCAGGAUAAUCUCAGAGGCAACAAGAAAACACUUCAAGAGAAUUUCGAAUCUGUGAUCAAAGAGCUGCUUCAAGAUGGCUUCGGCAUAGAAAGUGCCGGCAGAGAUACUUAUAUCCAAGCCAUGCGUACGGCAGAACAUCUCGAUUGCCAGGACCUUCUCACCCACCUCCGGCAGUAUGAGCCCUCUAUCACCAACGCAGAUCUCGACAAGGGUAUCCCAAAUCGAGGUUUUGGCUCAGCCGGAAACUCGCAAGAAGAACGAGAGUUUCAAGAAUUCAUGAGAAACCUUCCAAGAAAUUUUCCAAAGUUUUUUCCCGGCGGCCAAAAUACUGCUCUGCCUGACAAUGCGUCACUAGCUGAUCACGCUAGUAUAAAUGAACAUUAUAAUCUCAGAUCCUUGAUCGAUAAAGGCCUCGAUCCAAACGGACGCGGAAAGGAUUUUGAUAAAAUUGCACUCCACUGGGCAGCAGAGAGGAACCAGAAGAACCGCGUCGUCAUCUUACUUAGUAUGGGGAGUAAUCCCAAUACCCUUGAUUGUUUUGGGCAGACGCCUUUGCACUAUGCGGCGGAAAAGGGGUAUGAAGAGGUUACGCGCCUGCUUCUUCCUGUGACGGAUGCUUUGAUUGUUGAUAAGAAGGGACGGACUGCGUUAAGAUGUGCGAGAGUUAAUGGUCAUACGAAUGUGGUGCAAAUGCUUGUUCCUUUCUAUUCUGCAGGUAGGAGGGAGAAGACUCUCUCAUACUACAUGAAAGAAAGGGGAUACAAGGCAUAG